UUCAUUUUUUUAGAUUUCAUUUCAGGGCCAUUUUUUUGAGACUGAUUAUGUUUCCUAGUUCGAGUAAUGCAGCAUUUGAGGAUAGUCGUAUAUUUUUAGAGCUGGAAGAUCUGCUUGCGGAUUGUCCAAUUUCAGAUGGAAAUAAUACUGAAAAAAAGAGUGUGAAAAAGAGGUCCAGAAAAAUUGAAGUAAGCAACAAUGGCAGUAGUGAGUCCAAGAAGACUGCUCAUCGAUUCACUGAGAAGCAGAGAAGGCAAGAAAUGGCAGCCCUUUAUGCUUCUCUCAGAUCCCUUCUCCCUCCUGAAUACAUCAAGGGGAAGCGCGCUAUAUCGGAUCAUAUGCACCAGGCCGUGAAUUACAUCAACGACAUGAAAAACAAAAUCAAACAAAUGAAACUAAGGAGGAAUUCAUUUGGUGUUGAAGCUGAGAAUCAAACCUCAAAUGCUUCUGAUUCUUCGCCUUACUGUGUGAAGAUAAAUCCAUUAACAGAAGGGUUUGAGAUCUUGAUUAGUAGCAGCCUAAAUAAGGGAUGUUUCCCUCUUUCAAUGGUGCUUGCCGAUUUGCUUAACAGACAGCUACAUGUAAUUAGCUGCGUUUCUACUAGAGGCGAUGGCUGUUACCUCCACAAAAUUCACCUUGAGGUAGGAGUAUUAGUUACUAAUCUUUGUUUUCUUACAAGACCAGAUUUAGCAGUAUGUAGGGUUUCAGCUAUUAUAAUUUGAUUUUUGGUUUAUUUUCUGGAGAAUUCAAUUUUGUUUUCUUUCUUUCUUAUUUUUAGCUUUACCAUAUUUUCAGCUUAAUGAUUCCGCAAGUAUUGAUCUAUCUGAGCUACAAGAUGGACUGGUGAAUAUGCUUAAACUUGUUUGACAAUGGCAGCUGCAGCUACACAUAUGUGUGUGUGUAUAAUUUAAUUAUACAUUUUCUGUACACAUAGCUUAAAACAUAUUCUCAAUAAUUAGUUUAUUUUGUAUUGUAUUUUAAACAAUGUUAUUUUAUUUUUUGAA